CUCUCAGACCAUCACUCUUUGAGUCCCAUCAAGCGCGAAGAGACCUCGGACACGCUGGCCUAUACAUCAUUACCGUCGUCACCAAUAUCCGCGACACCCAUUCCCUCUUCACCGUCGCCAAUUGACUUGCACCCGGAAUACUCAUCCAAUCAUACCCAUUACGUGCCUUUCUCACUGUGGGAUUACCUCCGGGAAGAGUUGCUGGCAACGGACUUUGAUUCUCACCAGGAAUUAAAGUGGGAGCGUGUUAGCAACUUCUUGAGUAUUCCACUGGCCAUUGAAAAAUGCUCGGAUUUGGAUUUAUACUUUGCUUUGAUUCGUUUCUCUAUACCUUUACGAUCCUACCUAUCCGAUUUUCUCUAGCUGUCUAUCGCAUGUUUAUUAAUGUGUUUACGGGAGCAUCACUUCCUCCUUCUCAAAAGGCCGAUCUAUUGCGCGUGUUCUUGCUAGUCGGUUCUAUAGUAAUAUUGGUUCCUUUGACGGACGCCAGCAAGAUAUACCAUACCAUUCGUGGACAAGAAACUAUCAAACUAUACGUUAUUUUCAAUGCGCUGGAGAUUGCAGAUAGGUUAUGUUCGUCGUUUGGCCAAGAUGUUCUCGAUUGCGUCUUUUCCCGAUCUACGCUCUUAUUACUAUCACGGAGUAGACGUCCCACUUCGGAAUCAAUCAAGCCAUUUCUAUUCUUCUUCAUUGCUACCCUUUACAUCAUUGCACAUUCUCUUGUCCUUGUUUAUCAGCUCAUGGCCUUAAAUGUCGCUAUCAACUCCUAUGACCACGCACUCCUAACCCUGCUUGUGUCAAACCAGUUCGUCGAGAUCAAAGGUAGCGUGUUCAAGAAGUUUGAGAAGGACAAUCUCUUCCAGAUAACCUGCGCGGACAUUGUCGAGCGUUUCACAAUAACGCUAAUGCUCUUUGCCGUGGCUUCGCGAAACCUCAUUGAGAUGUACGGCUCUGAAUUUGACUUUACGGAAGGUAUUGUCUUGCCCAAGAGCUUUGGCUGGUUCCGUGAGGGCCACUUCGCGUGGACCAUUUUCUACCCGGUUCUAAUAGUGCUCUUAUCGGAGCAAUUCGUCGACUGGCUGAAGCACGCUUUCAUUACGAAGUUCAAUCACAUUCGACCGUCCGUCUACGAAAGAUACAUGGACGUCCUUUGUCUAGACCUCGCAAAUGGAAGUGCGGUUGGUCGGAGAAGUGCUCGUAAGCAUUCAUACGUCGACCAAUCCCCAAUUGUUGCUCGCCGGCUUGGUUUUCCCGCGUUACCACUCGCUGUCCUCGCCGCUUUGAUUGGCUCGCAAUCUGUUGGUCUCGUCAUAUCCACCUACACUCUCUCGCCUAUCACACUAGUUGAGAACCUAGUGGACAGAGCGAAAUGGGUUGCCCUUGGAGUCAUUUUCUGGAUCUGUUGUGUAGUGGUUAAAAUCAUAAUCGGAGUCAACUUGGUCAGUUUUGCCACCCGGCGCCGAACAGGCAUGGAAACCCGUGAGGAACAAGACAAGAUUAACGACUUUGGCCGGGAUCCCAUCGGAGAAGGAAAAGAGGAACGAGAGUACAAUCAUGGAUUGAAAACGCUGCUAGACUACAAAGGAGAUGAUGCUACCCGAGUCCCUGAUAUUGGCGAAAAGCGUCCUGGUAAAGAUGGAGAAAAGAGAAGACCGAAAUUGGAGGAGCUCACAAGAUUCACGAUGGUGAAGCGAAUAUGGUAGAAGUCCGAAAUUAUGGUCGUAAAUGGGGCAUACAUGAGAGCCGUCAACAUAUCGUACAAGGAAAAACGGAAUAAUGAUAGGAAUUAAAUGGCGAUAAUCGGUGGCGCCGGCAUGGCUUUCGGAUGGUGGGGAGGGAAGUCCGUCAGUUUUCAAAUCCGUUGCCUCAUGCAAGGUCAGGUCUUCCAGUGAAGGAUGGAAUCUCGGUACAAUUCCUUCGUCCUACGGGCCUGUCGAUCCAAUUCCUGGACUGCACAGAUUGAUACCUCAUUCGUUCUGGAUACGCCUUGGAAGACGGAAGAGAGAAGUUCGAGCACUGUCUUCGCAUUCGAGGAUUUACUGGUGCCCUACGCUCAUAUUCACCGGGAUUGUGCACGGGUGGACGAGGAAACUCGCCGAGGAGUCUUUCCAAAUGGAACGGGUCAUCCCAGGAGUCACGCUUGGACUUCUUUCGCAGGUCUGGCGUCGAACCAGUCCGUAGAGCUCGCUGCUUGUAAUUUCGGAGAUUCACCGUGGACGGUGCUCGCUUGAACAAAUGAGAGGGAAACUCAGGAAGCAAGUCGAGCUCUUCGUUCUGUUCCAACUCCUUCUGUUUCAUCCUUGCGACCGCUUCUAUACUAAUAUCGAGGACAAAAGGAGGUGGUGUUCGCGCAAAUGGGUCCACAUGUGGCUGUUCGUCAUCGUCCUCUGCCGAGUUCUCUUCCUUCUUUUUCCCUUUCCCAAAUACCAUAGACUUCCUACACUUCAAGCCAAGUUGACUCAGGGCCUUUAUUGCCCAUGGCUUGCUCGGCUGUGGAGCUGGCUUCGUGAAAAAUAGAUCUUCGUCAAAAAGCGUGCUGGUCGUGGAAUAAUCUGUUGAAGACGAGUGCGCUGAACCACUUUGUGAAGGGACAGAGCUAUGUAGUGUGGAGUCAAUCACUGUGUAUGUCGUUGAAUGAGAGACUUUUUCG